GUUCGGACCAGAGAGUGGGACUCCGGCAUACAGCUGCACCGUGGGAACGGGUUGGGUUGGCUUCUGUUAGCGGCAGCGCUGGUUUGUGCCGUGCUAGAGGCGCGUGGGCAAAAUGUUUUUAACAACAGUAUUACUGCGGAAGAGAAUUCCUGGAAAACAGUGGAUUGGCAAGUACAGGCGACCAAGACAGGUUACCAUUUCCAUGAAGCAAGCAAUGAUCCGAAGGUUGGAAAUUGAAGCAGAGAACGAAUAUUGGCUCAGCCAGCCUUACCUGACACAGGAACAGGAAUACAAACACAACACAGAAGAGAGACGUGCCAAGUGGGAAGCUUUCAAAAGCCUGAAACAAGCCAAGUUUCCUGAGCACAGAUACAUCAGCGAUCAUUUAAACCACUUAAAUGUGACAAAGAAGUGGACAUGUUGAGUAACACAGCAUAUUUGGCACAUGUUGUGCACUACCCUGGGAUCUGCUGCUCUCAUACCUGUUAUGGUAUUUCACUGUAAUUAGCAUGGGUGACAAAUAAGAUGUUGCUGUGGUGUACAAAUACUACAUUAAAAGUAGUCCUCUGGAA